AUGGCGUCGUUUGCUGAAGCACCACCCGGUGAUGCAAAGGCCGGGGAGAAGAUCUUCAAGACAAAGUGCGCUCAGUGCCACACUGUCGAGAAAGGCGCCGGUCACAAGCAGGGACCCAAUCUGAAUGGCCUUUUCGGGAGGCAGUCUGGUACAACCCCUGGAUACUCCUAUUCUGCUGCUAACAAAAACAUGGCCGUGAAUUGGGAGGAAAAGACAUUGUAUGAUUACUUGCUGAACCCCAAGAAGUACAUCCCCGGUACCAAGAUGGUGUUCCCUGGAUUGAAGAAGCCACAAGAUCGUGCUGACCUCAUUGCAUAUUUGAAGCAAUCUACUGCAUAA